UCAUAAAAUGUUCACCGUUUCCUGCUCUUGAAUCCUGAGUAUUGCACAACUUCAGAUGAAAUGUUUUUAAAAGCUUUACCUAUAGUUAACACUUGCAUAACAGUAUGAAGCAAUGGUGAUGAUGAACGGGUAUAGUAUGUGUGGUAACAAUCAAUUCACAAGUAACAAUCGUCUCAAUUGGAUAUUACUGGGUUUGGAUUGGCAUCCUCAAGAUAAUUGGCCGCCUGAAUUUUCUCCCUGGGAAACUUUUUCUUGGAGAAAACGUUCAAAGCGACAAGGUGAUACAACGGCAAGGAAAGCAUCUAAAGUUAAAACGCACACUACAAAUGCUAAAAAACUCCGCCGUGGAUCAUUCAAGUUCCAUUCUGAAAUCGCAGAAUAUAUUCGAGAAUAUCGAGCUAUGAGAAUUCAAUUUAUAUCGGAAUACAGAAGUUGUGCAUGCCAUGAACCCUACACAUUAAAAGAUGUUGAGGCUGCUUAUGAAACAUUGCAAAGGUUCCCUGGACAACGUAUUACUUUAACGAGGAAAAAGAAAAUCCCGGAAAAGAAUGAAAACGGAGUAAAUUCAACAGUUCACAGAAAUGAACAAUGUCAAGAGCAGCAAACAAAAAAGUCAAAUGAAGAAAUUUUUUUAUUUGAUAUGAGCAAACGCGAUUCUGCCGGUAUUUCAACCAAGGUAGACUGCUUUGUUGAUCAAUACAUUGGACGACAUUUUUUGGGAUUGAAAACUCAGUCUCAAACUGACGUUGCCAAGCAAGAACACUGUCCUGUUGUGGAAAUAAUUAUUCCAGAGGAUCACGUGGUUACUCGAAUUUCGUCUGUGACACCGUCAUCGCAGUCCUCAAUAAAACUGCCACACUGUAAUAGCGAGUCCUCUACACCGCUUGUACGACGUAGUUCGGCCUUUUCUCACGGGACAUCUAGUUCGAUAGGUAGUGGUUAUUCAAGAAUAUCAACAUCGUCGAAUGUCACAAAUCCAAGUACAAUGGGUGUGUGCGACAUUUGCCCAUUUCCGCGAAGUGUUUGCACGCCUAAAGCGCCACUUCUAUCCAAUGAUAAAAACAACAUUAUCAAGCAAGUCAGCAAGUGGAAAGAAUCAGAAAAGCCCGAUUUAAAUGAAAAACAAGCAAUUCCCUGGAAAACUUUAAAAUACCUGGGGUAUAACCCAUCUAUGAGAAGGUACUUGCAUGAAAUAUACACUCCAGUCGGAAGAAAUCGUCUCAGAACACCUUUGUCUUUGUCAAGUAAAAAGUGUUUUCCCACUGCUAAUGAAGCAAUAAUAGAAAACAAUGAAGAUCAAGAUAAGCAAAAUACAAUUUUAUCAUCUGCAAUGGCAAAGACUACGAUUUUCAAAAAAGACAGCAAUUCUUUCCCGCAUUUUCAAUCGGGCAGAAGAACUUUUCUAAUUGAUAAACCUGUGAACCAAUAUACGGGUGAACGGAAGCCAAAGCUCGCUAUUAUUUCUGCAUGUCAGACGGUUGUAAAACCGAAGGUAACCGCGAAGAGAUUGGUUGCAAACUAGACUUAACUGGCCGUUUCACAUAUAUAUUCCAAAUGCACGGCAACAUCGGUGACACUGCCACUAACUUACUCGAUUAUAACGAUGAUAACCAAAGGUGCUUUGCAACAGGCUAUUAAUAGAAUCUUUCUUAAAUGAAUUCACUCCAUUAUUCAUUACGUUUUCAUGUCAUUGCCGAACCUAAAAAAAAUACAAAUAAUAAUUCGUAGUUACAUGGCAGAGAGGACACAACAUAAUGUACCAUAGAAUUGAAUAAUAUCUCAGUCAAUUCUGAUUCUAAAAUGGCUUUUACAUCACUACAAUCAAUUCUGAAGCGUACAGAUGAUUUAGGACUUUUAUUCAUAACUUAAAUUAAAUUUAUCAUCAAAGUUUUAUACUAGUCAUUAUUUUAUCCUUACCAUUACCAAUACAUCGUCGUUAUUGAGAGUUUUAUAUACAUAUAUCAUGACAUAAUUAAUCUUUGAAUGCCGUUUUUAACGAUUUGGAGACUAAAUUUUAAAUAACGGAGGCUUUUUAUAUGGUGUUGAUGCCCCGGGAGUUCAACUGCCGGAAUUAUUAAUAUAUCAGUAUCUAGCAGUGAA